UUUGAAUUCAUUGCCCUCAUGUGCCCUUCGUGCAAGCAGUGGGGGCUUUAAAACCGACUGGAUAAGGUGUUUCCUAGGUUGUUGAGAGCUGGCGAGAGAGGCAAGCUCAGUUGUUGCUGCAAACAAGAUUUAAGGUUGACACGCGCUGAUUCCGAGAGAUGAGGGACUGGAAGUAUUCAAGGCAAUAGUCUCUCUCUGCAAGUUUUCCCGGGAAGGAAAUAACUAUUGAUCCAACUGUUCAUAGUCUCCGGGCAUCUCUCUCAAUGGGAUUCCUGAGCCUGGAGGCGUUCGACUCUCGUCGAUCAACCUCUGAUAGAUUUUCGCUGGCGUUAGCUGUGUGUGUGAAUCCGUCCCGAAGAUUGCGCUGAAAAUUCAUGCCUCUUUGCCCCACAACCAUCACCCCGUUCAAUUUCACCGUUGAGCAGCCCCGGGGAUGGUGGUCAGUUUCACCAGGCUGUAGCGGAGCCAAGGUGUUCCAAGCUUCCCUUCCAAGGGCAGGAGGAAGGGGUGGAAACUUCUGAAAUCCUCGGCCUGAGGACUCUCGUGUAUUUCGCUUCCUGGGUCCCGGAGACUGAGCUCAACAGAACUGGGUCAACUCUUCCUGCGUCCCUCUCUACCACGUUGCUCUUGUAUUUCGAGGGGAGAUUUGAUGUUGUUGGGAGGGGGCUGGGGCGUGAGGGUGGAGUGGGAUGAAAGACUGCGUCUUGGACGAGUUGAAGGAAUGAGAUUCCAAUAAUCACUGCCCCCCCCCCCCAACCAAACCAAACAAAAACCCCAUUCGCCAACAAAAACGCCCACCAAAAACCUCCGGACCAAUUCACCAGAAAUCUGGGACUGCAACGCGCCCACAACGACUCUGUCAUUUUCUGGCAGUCAGCUUUGCUACAGUCUUUCCGAAAGCAAAUCGCAAAAAGCCAUGAACUUUCCGCUGAUCCUAGCCCUUACUCUGCUGUCACCAAUGUGUCCCUCACCCGUCUGGAACGCUGACUCGGAAAGUGAAGCGUGCCCUGACAAUCAUGUGAUCACCCUGGCGUAUCAGUGCAGGAAGACUACUGGAGAAAUGUCCACGUGUUUACGGAAGAAAUGUUGCAAAGGUUACAGAUUUGUCCUUGGUCGAUGCAUUCCUGAAGAUGCUGAUGUCUGUGCUGGCUCACCUUGUGAACAGCAAUGCACUGAUAAUUUUGGACGAGUUGUGUGUACAUGUUACCCUGGAUAUCGCUUUGAUCGAGAGCGACACAGAAAUCAUCAGGCGCCCUACUGCUUAGACAUAGAUGAGUGUUUGGUCAAUAAUGACACGCUAUGCGAUCACAAAUGCAUUAACACGCUCGGAAGCUACAUUUGCGAGUGUCAAGAAGGAUUUUACUUGAGUGCUGAUGGCAAGUCCUGUCUCAGAGGUUUUAAUGACAGCAGUGCGAUUAAAUCCGAUCACCUGAUGAGUGCUGGCACUUGUUCGAUCACUUGUGAAGAGUUUCUGCAGAUGAAGCAGAUUUUGACACAGUUCAAGCAGAAGCUUCUGUUCACAAAUCUGGAUAACUCCAGCGAAAAGACACAGCUGGGGAGGAAAUGCUCAGAAACACUGCAAUGCCCUCCAAGCCUGCCUGGCCUUCCAGGACCACCUGGUCCACCAGGAAAUCCAGGCCCAAAAGGCACCAUUGGACCUAUGGGGCCUCCAGGAGCGUCUGGUGCACGUGGACCCAGAGGUGACAUGGGCCCCAUGGGUCCCAUCCCUGAUCUAUCCCACUUUAAGAGGGGAAGGCGAGGUCCAGUGGGUGCACCUGGAACACCAGGAAAGAAUGGAUUGAAGGGCGAAAGAGGUCACCCAGGACCACGUGGACCACCCGGACCUCCUGGAUCAUUUGACUUCCUCUUACUGAUGAUGGCUGACAUCAGGCAUGAUAUAAUCGAACUGCAGGAACGGGUAUUUGGUGAGCGACGAGGUAUUACCCUCGACACUCUGCCCCUGGAUGCACAAGAGACAGGAUCUGGGCAAGAGAAGGCAUUCCCUACACAGCCUGGCAGUCACAGCAGGUGACCAGACUACCUGAGAAUGUUAAACAACACUUCUUCUGCUGUACAUGUGUCUCAAUCUCAUUAUACUUGUAUGUGAAUUAGUCAGAUCACAAGUAUUCUUAUAUUGUGCCACAAGCUACUUCUAUAAAAGAGAUGAACGUACAGUGCUUGGUCAAUGUUUCUUUGCGCCAAAGUUGGCCAGAUCAAUUCUGUUUAUCAUAUCCUAAUCCACACACCACCACAUUCCUCAUCCUCCAUUUGCUAACCCCAUUAUCAAGUUCACUAUUUUUAUUUUAAUUCUUUCAUGGAAUGUAGGCAUUGCUGGCAAAGCCAUCAUUUAUUGCCCAUCCCUAACUGACAUUUACCAUAAGAUGUAGAACCACAUAGCAGGCCAUUCAGCCCAUUAAGUCUGCUGCACCAUUCAAUGAGAUCAUGCUGACUGACAUUCCCUAACUCUAUUUUCUUGCUCUUUCCCUAUAACCUUGACUCUCUUACUGUUUAAAAAUCUAUUGAUCUCAGCCUUCAACAUGCUUAAUGACAGAGCCUCAGUAGUUCUCUUCAUUAAAUAACAUUACAGGCUCACUACCCACUUGGAAACAAAAGUUCUCCCAUCUUAAAUGGAUGACCUCUUACUUCAAUAUUAUGCUUCUGUUCAUAGACUCUCCCAGAAAGGGACACAAUGCCUUAGCACCUACCCUGCCAAGCUUCAUUCAUGUUUCAAUGAGGUCGCCUCUCAUUCUCCUAAACUUCAAUGAUUAUAGGCCCAAUCUAUGCAACCUCUCCUCAUAAAAAAAAAUCUCCCACCAUACCUGGGAUCAAGCUAACAAAUCUUCUUGAGACUGUAGCCAGUGCCAGACUAUCUUUUCUUGCAAAAGGGGACGAAAAGUGUUCACAGGAUUGCAGCUGUGUUCUGACUACUGCCUUGCAUUGUUUCAGCAAGACCUUCUUAUUUCUACAUCCCAUUCCCUUUGAAAUAAAGGCCAACAUUCCAACUGCCUUCCCUGUUACCCGCUGAACUUGUGCAGUAGCUUUUUGCGAUUCUCAAAUGUCUCUGUACUGCAGAAUUUAGCAAUCUUUCUCCAUUUAAAUCAUAUUCAGUUCCUUUAUUCUUUGUGCCAAAGUGCAUAACAUCACCUUUUCCAACAUUAUAUUCUUUGUACUACAUUUUUACCAACUCUCAAAUUUUCUAUAUCCUUCUACAGACUUAUGCAUAACUCCCAGCUAUUUCUGUGUCAUCAACCAACUUAGCAAUAAUGCAUUCGCUUACAUUUUCCAAGUCAUUAACACUCUUGUAAGGAAUUGCGGCCCCAGCACUGAUUCCUAUGGCACUCUGCUAGUAACAAGGUUGCCAUCACAGAAAUUUUCCUCUCUGGGAUGUACCUUUGUAGAGGGCCCUCAACUAUUGUCUUAAAUGCCUGCCAUGGUUCUUCAUCCUGCAUUUCUGCUAAAUUCUUCUUCCAGUCCCCUCCAGCCAACUCUGCCCUGAUUCCAUAGUAAUUAUUCUUACUCAAGUUUAACACAGAUGUUUCCAACCCAUGUUUUUCACUCUCAAACUGAAUGCUAAAUUUUACCAUGUUAUUGUCACUGUUUCCUAGGAAAAAACUAUUCCAAAUACACUCAAUACAUUCUUCCUUCUGGCUACCUCUGUCAGUUUGAUUUUCCCCAAACGACAUGAAGGUGAAAUAAUUAAUACAUUGCCUUUUUCCAUGCACUUGUUAUCAUUUGAUUUAUUCUUUGUCCUAUAGUACAGCUCCCAUUAGGAAGUUUAUAAACCCUUAUCCAUGCAUUUUAGGAGACCUUUAUCCUGGGAUCAUUCUUGUAAACCUCCUCUAGACCCCUUCCAAAGCCAACACAUCCUUCUUUAGAUAGAGCCCAAAACUGCUCACAAUAUUUAAAAUACGGUCUGACCACACCCUCAACAGUAUAUCCCUGCUCUUGUACUCCACAUCUCUCGAAAUGAAUGCUUGCAUUACACAUGCCUUCCCAACUGCCAACUGAAGCUGCAUAAUUAUUUUAAGAGAAUCCUGAACUAUGGCUCCUAAGUCUUUUUGUGCUUCAGCUUUCCAAAGUCUUUUCCCUAUUUAGAAACUAGUCUAUGCCUUUAUUCGUCCUACGCAAGUGCGUGACCUCACACUCCCACGCUGUACUCCGUCUGUCACUUCUUUGGCCACUUUCCAAGCCUGUCCAAGUUCUUCUGCAGCUUCCUUGCUUCCUCAACACUACCUGUCCCUCCACCUAUCUUUGUGUCAUCUGCAAACUUAACAACAAUGCCCUCAGUUCCUUUGUCCAGAUUAUUACUGUAUAACGUAAGUUGUUGAACCCCCUUAGUCUCUGGCUGCCAUCCUAAAAAUGACACCUUUAUCCCCAUUCUUUGCCUUCUGCCAGGUAGCCAAUCCUCUAUCCAUGUCUGCAGCUUGCCCCGAACACAAUAGGCUCUUAUCUAAUUUAGCAGCCUCCUGUGUGGCACCUUGUCAAAGGCCUUACAGAAAUCCAGAUAGAUCCACUGGCUCUUCUUCAUCUAACUGUUCAUUACUCCCUUGGAAAAUACUAACAGAUUUGUUAUAGGCAAGACCUCCCCUUGACAAAGCCGUUCUGACUCAGUCCUAUUUUGCCAUGCACUUCCAAGUCGUCCUUAAUAAUGACUCUAAAAUCAUAUUAAUGACUGAAGUCGGGCUGGCUGGCCUAUAGCUUCCUAUCUUCGGCCUCCGUCCCUUCUUGAACAGAGCUGUAUAUUAGCCAUUUUCCAGUCCCCUGCGAAUCUCCCUCAUACCCGUGAUUCCUCAAAGAUCACCACCAAUAUCUCCACAAUCUCCUUCAGAACUCUGGAACCAUCUGCAUCGGGUGGUUUAUCCACCUUCAGACAUUUCAGCUUCCCCAACCAUAUGAGUGUUGUUAAAUCACAACAGGAGGUCAGUUAGCUCAGUUUGUUGGAUGGCUGAUUUGCAAACAGCUGCUUGGGUGCAAUUCCCACCACUGGUUGAUCUUGUUUGAAGGACUGUCCUUCUCAAACUCUCUCCUGGCCUGAAGCAUGGUGACCCUCAGGUUAAACCACCACCAGUCAUCUCCAUACCCAAUGGUUUGCCAAGGCUACAGCGAUAUUACUUUUUAAGUCACAGUUCACAAUUCUAGAACCCAUGUCGUCAGAGUCAACCAUCUUGGUGUUGUCCACUCAUUGUGACAGUUCUUUCAUUAAUGACUGAUAGUUUUGACAUGUUUAAGUAGCAUCGCUUCACUCUGCCAUUUUUAACAAAAAGAGAUAGCCCAGGCAAAAAAAAAAAGCAGACAGAGGAAUCACCUACAUGUUAAUUCGAAUGUGCCCAGAUAGGUGCCAAACUUAUGGCACAAAUUGAGGACAGUACACACAGCAGCAUUAGCACAAUGUUACUGUACCUUGCUGGCUGCUCUCAGAAAUUAUGGGCUGCUCUAUCUUCAAUAUAAAAGCUAUUUCUAGUAGUGCACAGAACUAGUUUAAAUUGAAAUGAUGCUUUACAUGUAGGAGAUGCAAACAGUUUUCAAAUGAAUUUUUAAUUAUUUAUCCAAGUAUCUCUCUUUUUUUUAAAAUGCAUAAAUUCCUGUCCCCACACCCACCUCCUCAUGUCAUGAUUGCGGCCACACUUCUGCGUCAACAUUGUAAAUUGUACAAAUCAACAUUUUCAUUUAAUCUUUUGUCACCAUGCAGUCCCAGAUUCUGGAGAGUAGGUAGGUUUGUGCAGCCGCACAGUCUUCACCUCCAGCUUGUGUACUAACAAAAGCCUAAAUUUAACAAUGAUUUAUGGCAAAUUUACUACAUUUUAUAAAAAAAAUACAACAGCAAUAUAGAGACACACCAAAGAAUGUUCAAUUUUAUGAUGCAAAUUGUAAACAUUUUCUUGUAAAAUAUUCAAUGAUGGUCUUUGCUUUGAAGGAAAUAUUUGUAUCUCAGGUUUAUAGUAUUCUUAAGUUUUUCAUGUUUGAAUAUGCAUGUGUCCGAUGAUAAUAUAAAAAGUAUACUCAGGUAUCUAUUGAGAAAUUAUGUUGUGAUUUGUUCUGUUUUAUGCGCGACCAAUUCUCUAUCUUUGGAUUGUAAUUGUUUCCUUUGACUGCCACUUUCAAGUAGCAAUGGGAAAACUUCACUGGCCAAACCUCUUUCCUACUAUUUUACAUGUUUCAGAGUCACUUCAUCAGUCCCUCCAAUAAGAAGUCCCAGAUUAGGCAGGAAUGGGAUAUUACAUUGUGUCAGACUAGGGAAAGAGGUCUCUGCCGAAUGGGCUGAAUAGUGGAU